AUGUACGACCUAGAUGAAGUGACCUGUUGUCUACGGGUCAGAUCUCAGCUGCUUGUAAAAUGUCUAGUUUAUAAUGUAUCUCAGGAGUUCGGCUGUGUUCGCCCCGCGGAGGCUCCCCCGACGCCCGCCUCGACCCCGAACCGACGGCCCCACAACGGCAGCGGCAGCGUGGUGACGGUGGACGCGGCCUGCGGCGCCCUCAUCCAGCACCAGGUGUCGCAGUCCGAGAUCACGCAGGGCAUCCCGCUCAACAAUGAAUACGAGAUCAUCUCCUUCUCUCACUUCACCUGGUCGCGCGUGUACCCGGCCGAGCUCGGGCUGGGCAAGCGGGUGGUGGAGAAGCCCAUCGGAUUCCGGCGACGAGAUAUCCUGGCUUCGCUCACCACGGCCCUCGAGCACCUCAAUGGACCCGUGCCUGCGAGGUUCACCGUCGACGACUUCGUGGAGGGGAUGUACCGCACCGUGCCGACCAGCGGGACCCAGUACGAGCUCCUCUUCCACGACCGCCACGCGAACCGGUCGUCACACCAGUACAGGACAGUUACUCUAAUGAGGCCAUUUGCUCCUCUCACGGUCGUCGCCAGGGAACAGCAGACGACGAAACAGCUGAGUCUUCCUGACCCGUCGUGUACUUUUGGCCACGAGGGGCUGCAGGAGGUGAGGAACAUCAUCCACCAACGCGUCGAAGGAAGCCAAGUUCCGACACAUUCAAGUUGCUCACCCUCAACGAAACCUUCUCGAGACGGGAAGGGCGCGCAGGUGGGAGCCACGCACUGGUCCAAGGGCGACGUCCUCCUCUUCAUGUGCGACGUGGACAUCGUCUUCAGCACGCGGUUCCUGGAGCGCUGUCGCCUCAACGCCUCCCCGGGCCACUCGGUCUACUACCCCGUCGUGUUCUCCUUGUACAACCCCCAGAUGGUCUACCCGCUCCAGGGGAAACCUCUCCCGAAGGAACUGGACCAACUCGUCAUCUCGAGAGACACAGGAUUCUGGCGUGACUUCGGCUACGGGAUGACCUGCCAGUACAGGUCGGACUUCCUCAACGUCCAGGGCUUCGACGAGGAUAUCAUAGGAUGGAGGAGAGACGUGCUGCUCUACCGCAAGUACGUCAAGUCGCGGCUGUCCGUGAUCCGCUCCACCGACCCGGGCAUCUUCCACCUGUGGCACCCGAAGGAGUGCUCCACUUCCCUCUCAGCUGAUCAGUACCGUGCCUGUAUCACUUCACGUGCUUUGAACGAGGCCUCCCACGCCCACCUCGGCCUCAUUGCCUUCAAGGACGACCUCGGGAAGCACCCCCUCGGCGCCGAUGCUCUCACCGGCAGCCAGGCUCUUGAGGAACAGCAACUCAAGGCUGAGAUGUAGUCGUUGAAUUUUCUUUUUUUUCUUUUUUUUUAUAAUUCUUGAAAGCUGUUUUAGAAAUGAUAAGAGAAAAUGGAUACGCUGCGCAGUGCCUGUGACUGAUGCCUCUCUUUCCAGAAUUUUCUAUGUGGAAAUAAAUCUACAGAUAUAUAGAUAUAUAUGUGUGUGUGUGUUUGAAAAAUAACUUUGGAAAUGUUGCUACUUUCAAGUCUAUAAUACUUCCAAAUCACAACCGAAAGUUAGCCAGUUCUAUUGCAUAUUGUAAGAAUGUGAAACUUUUUUUUUUCUCUCAAUUGCUUAAAGGAAAUACAGAUAAUUAUUUUCAAGGAGUCAUGAUAAUUAUCUUAAUUAUUUUUUUUUAAUGAACAAAUAUUUCUUCCCGGUCACCUGUAUCUGUUCUGCCAUUAGUUCUUAAUCUCUCUUGUUAUUACAAGAAUUUGUAUUCAUAUUUUCACCUGUUUCCAUGAUCAACCCUUUGGCUGGGAGCUGAAAUAAACACACGGUAUAUGGAAAAAAUAUUUAAUAUUUCCAUUCUUUCAUUUCACUUCAACAUAAACAAAGACAUAAAAAGGACAACGAUAAAUUAAAUGAAAAAUUAGAAAGUACAUAUAAAGUUGUUCCUGGUUCAUUAACCUAAAAAAUAUUAUUACUCGUAAUUAAAUUAAUAAUAAGCGUAAGGUGAAAAAAAUGCAUUAAGUAAAAGAGAUAAAUAUCCACACUGAUCUUGCUUCAUGUUGCCAAAUUAGAGGAAAAGAAGUCAAUAAAGGCGAAAUUAUAAUGCAUUAAUCAGACUAAAUAAUCUUUGAAGUGUGAAGAAUAUCGCGAAAAUGAGCAGCCAAAGGGUUCAAAAGGUAAAAAUAAUAAUAUUUAAUAUUCCAUUUACGUCCGUUAUCAUCAUUACCUUCAUGACUUUGAUUCCGAAUGUUGUAAUAAUUUUUUUCUUAUUUUUCUUUGUAUGAAUAUGCUGUUUGUAAAAUACCUGCAAGUCGAGAAUAGCUGUUGGUAUAUGGCGAGGCAUAAUAGUAUAUGUCAUAAGAGUAAAAUAUUUGAGAAAUGUAGAAUAUAAGCGAUUUUUACUUUUUUUUAUUAUUAUUAUUAUUAUUGAGCUCCUCGGUUGUAUAUAGUUCCUUUUAUUCCUGUGAAAGCACGUCGUUUUUUAUAUAUAUUUGUCUACAACAGUAUUAACCUUACCUUUUGAUUUUUACUCUUAAAUACUGUCGUUAUUAUUUUUAUUAUGUUUUUAUCAUUAUCAUCAUCAUUAUCAUUAAUCAUCAUCAUUAUUAUUACUAUUAUCAUGGACAUUAUUAUUAAAAUUGUUAUUAUUAUUAUUUUGUACGUCCUUAAGAAAAAAAAUUCUCAUAAUUUCCACCUGUAAAAUAUGUAUCGGUUAUUUUUCAUAAGAAUAUUUCUUUUACAACUACAGAUAAGAUAUCACGGUGUAUUAAUUCAUUCCAUUUACUUUAUUCUUUAAAUAUCUUACUCUGUGUAUCAACAUUCCUACACGACUUUAUUUCCCUAUGAUACUAACAUCUUAUUUAUUACUGUAUAUCUUUUUUCUUUUCAUUCUUCAUCUUUUUUUUUUUUUUAAUUCAACCAACAUGGCCAAGUUCCAAAAGAUCAUGAAGGUUUUUUGUUGUGAUAAUGUAAGGCAUUAGACUAGCAUCGAAAGAACCAGUGGAAUGCCAGCCCAAAGUGUGUCAUGAGCCACCUUCUCUUUGGCAUUUUGUUUGUGGCAAAGCUGUGUCAUGACAAAUAGUAAUACUCUGAUAUUCUUUAAAAGACAACUGCAAUGUC